AUACCAUUGAAACUGAUUAAAUCCGAUCAGUUAAGAGUAAGCCUUCGAUCGGUGCAUUUCUAGUUAAGUAACACGUGACAAUAUGAUUUUGUGAAAGAUGAAAGCAUCCAACGCAACUCUACUAGCGAUUCUUCUCGCGCUCACCACGUGCGCCAGCUUCUCAACCGCCAAAACCGACAAACGUCAGUUGAAGGACGUCCAGCUGAAGAUUCCGCAGCAAAUCCCGGCACGACGCCUGUGCACCGACGACGCCGACGACUGUGUCGAAACUUGUCCCAUUGACUAUGACCUCGAUCCCAAGAAGCGGUACUGUCGUUACAAACGGGCUUCCUGUCCGCCGAACUACAUCCGCCGUCAGGGAAGUUGCGUCCUGGCUGACGUGCAGUGCCCGCCAGGAAGUGUCCGGCAGGGGAAUCGAUGUGUGGUGAAGAGCUUUGAGUGUCCCUCGGGGUACCUGCUAGAGGGAACCAAUUGCGUCAACUCCAAGUACUGCCCGAACGGGUUUCACUGGGAGAACGGAUUUUGCUAUCAGCAGCAACGGCAACGUGAAAAUUUACAAAUGUGUCCUCAUGGUUAUGAAGUCCGUAAUGGGAUUUGUAUUCAAAUUUGUGUCAAUUGUGAUACAGCUUGUGCAGAAUGCGAAGAAGAGGUAGCACCUCUUAGCUGCCCAAGCGGAUUUAAUUCGUACCGCGGAAAAUGUCUCAAGAUAUUGCAGGGGAGAGCCGAAGUAGUGCUGAGAAAUAUUACAUACAAGGUUCCGGUUGAGUGUGAUGACGAAGAGAUUUACAGUGAUGGAAGCUGCAUUUCUUACAAAUACGAUCCAAUACGCUGCUCCAGCGGUCAUUUCUACAAUGGGAAAUGCGUUGAAGUGGCGAAAUGUUCUCGUGGAUCCGGCAUAUCUUCAUCCUGUAGCUCGUGUUUUGUGAUAAAACUUUCAAACCAACCCGGCGUCUCUUCUUCUAACGGUUCGGCCGGGAAGGAUUGAGGAUUAUCUAAAUGCUCAACAGACCAUUCAGCGGAAUCCACACCCGGAGGCGGGUCCGGAUCCAAAAAUUCCACCGACCAAUCUUCUCCAAACUGGUCCAUCCUCACACUCAAGUAGCAGCAGAAAAAAAAACAAAACUUUUGGCGCGCUACAUGAAACUAGCUUAAACGUCAUUUGAAAGUGUGCCUUGAUUGCAGCGCCAUCCUUUUCUGGUGGAUAAUCCGAGAACUAAGUUUAAAUUCAAAUCAGCCGUUAUAUUCCUGAUUGAUGGAAUUAAAAAGAGAUUUACGUCUGUUUGUCUGUGCUAGCACCAUACUCUCUUCGGGA